AUGAAGUUCCUCAUUUCCAUCCUCCUUGUCUUGACUCUCGCUAGCUCAAUCGAGUCAGUGUCCCCAGCCGGGAAGCCACCAGCCUCUCAACCAUCCGCCUCAGCACGAGCCAGAGCCAACCGCUUAUUGGUCGAAAAGUCCAGCGCCGAUCUGAAACAUGCCAAGUGCCCAGAAACAAUGACCUCCUGCCCCAUCUCGCCGAUUAUUUCCAACUCAAGAUCUCAUAAAUCGAGGGCUUCUCAUAAGAAGAUCACUGCCUGGGAAUGCUUGGACCUCGAGCAAGAGCUGACUGCAUGUGGCAAGUGUGAUAACGAUUGUAUGAGAAUGCCAAACGUGGAGAACGUAGGAUGUGAGCAAGGUAGAUGCAAGAUUUGUGAGUAG